CGCGGGACCAGCAGCAAGGGCCGAGCGCCGGGUUCUCCGCGGCAGGAAGGGCGGGUGGGAGCUGUAACUGUCCCGGCCGCGGGGCGCGCCCGCUCCCAAGUCGGCUUCCUCCCCGCCGGGGCCGCUUUGCCUCGGGUCUCCCCGUUCUCCAGGUCCCCUGAACUGCACAGUCGGAGGCCGUGGGCGGCGGGCUCUGCCUCCGCCAAGGAACAGCCGGAUCGCCCCUCUGCUUCCCGCAACUGCCCUGAUCCCCCCCGUUCCAGCCCUUGAGUGAACGUCCUUCUGAGCGGCUUCCUGGGGUUCUCCCCACGUCCCCAAGGCCGGCAAGAUGGUGUCCUGGAUGAUCUGUCGCCUGGUGGUGCUGGUGUUUGGGAUGCUAUGUCCAGCUUAUGCUUCCUAUAAGGCUGUGAAGACCAAGAACAUUCGUGAAUAUGUGCGGUGGAUGAUGUACUGGAUUGUUUUUGCACUCUUCAUGGCUGCAGAGAUCGUUACAGACAUUUUUAUCUCCUGGUUCCCUUUCUACUAUGAGAUCAAGAUGGCCUUUGUGCUGUGGCUGCUCUCACCCUACACCAAAGGCGCCAGCCUGCUUUACCGCAAGUUUGUCCACCCGUCCCUGUCCCGCCAUGAGAAGGAGAUCGACGCGUACAUCGUGCAGGCCAAGGAGCGCAGCUACGAGACCGUGCUCACCUUCGGGAAGCGGGGCCUCAACAUUGCCGCCUCGGCUGCUGUGCAGGCUGCCACCAAGAGUCAGGGGGCGCUGGCCGGCAGGCUGCGGAGCUUCUCCAUGCAGGACCUGCGCUCCAUCCCUGACGUGCCUGCCCCUGCCUACCAGGACCCCCUCUACCUGGAGGACCAGGUGUCCCACCGGAGGCCACCCAUUGGGUACCAGGCUAGGGGCCUGCAGGACAGCGACACCGAGGAUGAGUGUUGGUCGGAUACUGAGGCAGUCCCCCGGGCGCCAGCCCGGCCCCGAGAGAAGCCGCUAAUCCGUAGCCAGAGCCUGCGUGUGGUCAAGAGGAAGCCACCAGUGCGGGAGGGCACCUCGCGCUCCCUGAAGGUUCGGACGAGGAAAAAGACUGUGCCCUCAGACAUGGACAGCUAGGGUCUGCCGCAUCUGGCCCCUUCUUACCUCGUGCCCUGCAGGGCUCCAGGGCUAUUUGGAGCGACCUUUGGCAGCACAUCUGGCCUGCACCAACUGCCUGGGCCCCACCCUCCUGACUCCUACUGAUGGUUAAGGGCCAGGAGCAGAUGCUGCCAAGGCCACAUGCACCCACAAUGUACCAAAGCAGGCUGGGCCCAGGGUUCUAUUUAUUGCCUUGCUCUGUCCUCUCCCUUCCCCAGUUGUGGGACAAGAGCCGUCCCUGAACCCCUGCAAAUGAAACUAAACGUCCACCUGGGUGUGUUCAUUCCUUCCUGUCCUUCAAAGUACUUGAUAGCCUUUUAUAAGGCCUGGCGCGUGUGUCCUGGUUGUGUGUGUGUGUUGGUGAGUGA